AUGAUCGGUGAAGGUCUGCUUGGGGAAUAUCGACGGGCGAAAUCCGACGUGCAACGUAGCAACGGCAAUUCGGCCGCUAUCUACGCUCGUCUAGGGACAAUGCAUCAUGCAUCCCGUUGCUACAGGUACGCCGGUGAACCUUGCACAGCCAGUACACACCGGGCUGCAGCGCAGUUUGAGCUAUGCAUUGGCCAAUAUGUCGUUCAUCCCCUAAAUCACGACGAUUUACAGUUGAGCCUGGUCGCGCUAUCGAUGCCGGCUCAACACUAUCACAUAUUUGUUGGGGAUCUGAGUCCGGAGAUCGAGACACAUACCUUGAGGGAAGCAUUUUCAGCCUUCGGGGAGAUUUCAGAUUGCAGAGUCGUCAGAGAUCCCCAAACUUUAAAAUCCAAGGGAUAUGGAUUCGUUUCGUUCGUUAAAAAAGCGGAAGCAGAAAGCGCCAUCGGUAACAUGAACGGCCAAUGGUUGGGUGGCAGAAGUAUUCGGACAAAUUGGGCCACUCGCAAACCUCCCGCACCUAAAUCCGAAGCGAACGCAAAGCCGCUCACGUUCGAUGAAGUUUACAAUCAAAGUAGUCCGACCAACUGCACGGUAUACUGCGGCGGAUUGACCAAUGGUUUAACAGAAGAACUUAUGCAAAAGACCUUUUCGCCUUUCGGAUCCAUCCAAGAAAUUCGAGUGUUUAAGGAUAAAGGCUAUGCAUUCAUCAGGUUUUCUACCAAGGAAUCGGCCACGCACGCCAUCGUAGCAGUACACAACACAGACAUCAAUGGCCAAACAGUGAAGUGCAGUUGGGGCAAGGAGAGUGGAGAUCCUAAUAAUGCUCAACAAACUGGACAG